CAGCUCCAACGCGUCUUCUCGUCCAAACACGCGUAAAUUGAUUUUUUUUAUUUUGUUAACAAAACCCUUAGUUAUUCAUAUAACCAUUCAUAUAACCAUUCACUCUCUGCUUAGGUGUCUAGUUUACUACAAUCCCAAAACCCACACCUACACCUAUACGGCGAUCUAACCAUGGCAGCAGCCAAGGCAGAAGUAAAAGGUGAAUCUUCAACCUCGGCGGCCAAAAAGGCCCUGACCGGUGCUUCGAACGGUAAUACAACAUACGAGUUACCAUGGGUGGAAAAAUACAGACCCGUAUUCCUCGACGAUGUAGUCGGAAACACCGAGACGAUUGAACGGCUAAAGAUUAUCGCACGAGAUGGAAACAUGCCCCACGUUAUCAUAUCUGGCAUGCCGGGUAUAGGAAAGACGACGAGCGUUCUUUGCCUAGCCCGACAACUACUUGGAGACGCCUAUAAGGAGGCGGUCCUUGAGCUGAAUGCCAGUGACGAGCGAGGUAUUGACGUGGUACGGAACCGAAUCAAGGGCUUUGCCCAGAAGAAAGUAACGCUGCCCGCCGGCCGGCACAAGAUCGUAAUCCUCGACGAGGCAGACAGCAUGACGUCGGGCGCGCAGCAGGCGCUCCGCCGGACGAUGGAGAUCUACUCCAACACGACGCGGUUCGCCUUCGCGUGCAACCAGUCGAACAAGAUCAUCGAGCCGCUGCAGUCGCGGUGCGCCAUCCUGCGGUACGGCCGGCUCAACGACGCGCAGGUCGUGAAGCGGCUGCUGCAGAUCAUCGAGGCGGAGAAAGUCCAGUACAGCGACGACGGGCUCGCGGCGCUCGUCUUCAGCGCCGAGGGCGACAUGCGCCAGGCCAUCAACAACCUGCAGAGCACCUUCGCCGGCUUCGGCUUCGUCAGCGGCGACAACGUGUUCAAGGUCGUCGACAGCCCGCACCCGAUCAAGGUGCAGGCGAUGCUCAAGGCGUGCUACGAGGGGAACGUCGACAGCGCGCUCGACACGCUGCGCGAGCUCUGGGACCUCGGGUACUCGAGCCACGAUAUCAUCAGUACCAUGUUUAAAGUUACCAAGACGAUUCCUGGGUUGGCGGAGCACGCGAAGCUCGACUUCAUCCGCGAGAUCGGCUUCACGCACAUGAAGGUGCUGGAGGGGGUGCAGACGCUGCUGCAGCUCAGCGGGUGUGUGGCGCGCUUGUGCAAGAUUAAUAUGGAUCCUAAAUUGUUUGAGACGAAGAGUACAAAAUAGAAUCCUAAUGUAAUGGGUUAGAGAUAAGAAGAAGUGCUUAGGCGGGGAAAAUAUGUGUGAUGAAAAGGGGGAGGGGUGGUUGGCGAACUGGGCUUCACAUUUUUUGCAUGGCAUUGUAACUGGCGUUUAGGUACGAGGUAAUUUGACGAGCUUAUACAUCUGCCUUGUUACCAGAGGUAUGGUAACUUAAGGGGAAAAUGAUAACAAUGAAGUAGCAGAAUAACUGGGU